AUGUUCGUUUGCAUUCCUUUAAGCUCGUUUUCGCCCCUUUUUACAGCGUUUUGUCGCAAUGCUCCCGCAUUGCCUUACUCUUUCUUCGGCGGCUUUCGGGCAGAAAGGCGGCGGCCAGGUGUAGCAGAGUCGCGCUCCCGAGCUUUUUUUUUUUAUUAUUUGAUCGAUUUAUUUAAUAAAUGCGUAUUUUCCCAACCGGUGCAUGCAAGCGCGUGGAUUAAAAGAGGGGAAUGCCAUGUUUUUAUGGUGUUUGACGGGCCGCUGAUCGGGCGCACUCUAGCGAACGCCGCCGUGAUUUGUGGCCUUUUCUUUGGUUGUUGGCGCCGCUUGUUUGGCAAAGCGGCGCGAGGCGAGGUUGUUGCUGCCAGCGCCUGGUUCAACGCCUUUUGCGCUGUCUGGCGGAAGGCGUUCGCUGGAAGAUUAGAUUCGCCUCCGCCGGGCAAAGUGCGUAAAAUAUGGUGUGAGGAACCCCACUUUUUUGGGGGGAGCUUGUGA